AUGAAGUUAUUACUCAGCUGCUCGUGGUGUCUUACACAAGCUACGCACCUGAUCCACGCGCUGAGUCAGCAGCAGAUAGUGGUAUCUUCGUCUCCGCGGCACGGUCGGCUGCUAUUAGACAGGUUGCUACGGUUUGCAUGUGACCUUCACGGCUAUAAAGUUCACGUCGUUGAUUUACUAAGCACUAGUGAAGAAGACCCGGAAGGCCGCUACAGCCAAGUGAUUCGGAGUGUUCUAGGAGCCGCAGGAGUUUGUCAGGAGCGAGUUGCGUUGUGGAUUCGAGAGCGACAGAUCACCCCCCACACCAGAUGUUUGCUGGAUGCCAUUCAAGAGUUUUGUCUAGGGAAACUGCCCUCUGUGGCAUUACUUCCAGGUGGCGAAGAGCUACGCGAUGAGCUUGUACUCGGCUGCAUUCAGUCUCGUAAACAGCUCGAGAUCGUGACUGAGGCUGAGCUCAUGGCGGAGUUUCAGCAGAGACUUCGGCAGAACUUUCGUCUCUGCAUCCUCGAAGAGAGAGAAGACGAGCGAGGAGACUCAAAUCUCCUACACUGGAUGAAAUCGAGGCCAUCGUGUCAUUGGCGGCGAUUGGAGUUCACAGAACUUGAGCUGCAGCGACUGCUUCCUGAGAUGGCGAAAGGCUCGCUGCUUUCGCCUGCUCUGUGUGGAGUUGAUUGGGACGUGCAGCGCGUAGUCAAGUACACUAAUUUGUGCCAGAAUGUGCAUUUGGGAAUGAUGCGUGCAUACCCUGAAGCAGCAGAUCCAAGCUCUCAACUGGAUUAUUUUCUGUCCUUCAUGACCAACGCCACGGUCACGUACAAGACAAAGCUCCAGAGUCGUCAAACAAAUAUUCUACGACUUACGACUGCACUGGAAACUUUGGCAUUUGCUAGGAACGAGGUGGUGCCUUCACUGGAACGGCGUAAGCAAGAACUGAUGCUUCAAAGCACACAAACUGACAAGGAAUUAGAGAGGAUUUCUACCCAGCAUGAAGUCGAGCUAAUGCGCUCUAAUAAAGGUGACAGUCUUGCGGUUGACGAACCGGUCGGUCGGGAGAUGGAGGAAACUCAGUGGAUUUUACGCUCACAGUUGGAAGAACUCCUGAUGCUGAAGGUUGAGACUAGUCUACGCUUAGAGCAAGUGUCGAGGCUUCUAGCAGAUUGGCAGCACGUAUCAGAACGGGUGAAGCAUUUAUCCACGAAAUGGACGCGUGAAUUGGACCAAGAGCAGCGCAAAACGGAGUAUGAAAUCAUGGCUGUCGCUCUGUAUGUGAGUGCUUUACGCGUUUACCCACACAUGACGUCAGUGUGUGAGUCAACGCCUGUCACUUGUGUGAAUCUACUCAGCAGCCUCCUUUUCGAGAGUGACGAUAGCAGUCCCGAUAUCGAAGAACGUCUAGUAGACGCCUCAAUUGAUGACUCGGAAGAUGAACACAUCGCUGUCAUUCGGUUGAUAUGGACAUCACGGUUCUCGUUCCUCCGCAACCAAGAAAUCUAUCGCACUAUUAGACUUGCCGACGAGUUGUGCGACCGAGUUCCCGUGAUUGUAGAUCCCUCAGGUGUUCUGCAAAGGUUUUUGGUUCAUUUCUUUUCGGGACACACGCUGUUCUCUACUUUUCCUGGCUGUGGCGAUCCUGGGGAGGUCGAAAGCGAGCACCCGAGCGAGUCAAAGCGAUCGAUGGUGAUCUCUUGUGAUGACCAAAAGCUCAAAGAGUAUUUGCAAGAAGCGCAGCGUCUAGGUAUCCCUGUUCUGCUAGUCAACUUCCGCAGCUCCGACUCGGUAUUACUGGAUCAGUUGCAACCCUUUCUAGACCAAACUCGACUUUCCCACGCGCUACCUCGCCGCCCUAUGCUGCGUGAACUUACGAUGGAAUACUACGAGGACCAACGAAGACAAAGACAGAGACGGACGUCAAACACCGCGUCUUCCGUGGAGAGUAUGCCUGCUGUAGCACAGACAGCAGCUACGGGGGCGGCAAAGAUGGCAAGACGCGUUGUGAGAGCUACUGGUAGCAAACCUCAAAUGACAAUCGACCCGGCUUCUAUUACGGCCGCUGUAGCUGCAAACACAACACCGGGGGACCUGGCGAAGACACUCGAUCGUCGCGAUGCUCGACGCAAAAGUCAAGCGAUAAGUGGCAGUCCGAGCAAUGGACGCAACUUCCAGAUCUACGCCGUUACAGAUACACCGGUUCCUUUAGAGGUUCGGCAUUCGUUGGCAGCUCAUUUUGCCCAUUUCCCAGUGCUGCUGUCUGAUUCCGAUCUAGAAACGUUGUUUGAGCUUCCUCGAGUGGGUAAAGCUCAGCAAAACUUACUUCAGGAGCUGCGAGAUGAUCAAGUAGGACUAGCAGACUGCUGGAUGAAGCAGAUAAUGAGCCGUGCACAACUUGACCAGAUAUUCUCGACACUUAAACCGGCAGUCUACCACAAUGACUCUCCUUUCGCAGCGAGGACAGCUAACCAAGUCACGAUUCAGCUCCAAGAACGUUAUAGUGAACUUGCUGUGCAGCUCGCGAAGGAUUAUCAAGCUGAGCUUACAUGGACCUCCCGUGAACAGAGUCUGGAAGCAAAAGUUGCUGAACUUGAGCGUGCCACCCAAGUCUUCGCUCCGAUGGCGCUGCAGUUGGUGGCUGUAGGUCGAUGUAUGGCCGCAGUGUCGUCGUCUCUAACAAUUGGAACCCGAACGACUCCAUUUUACCUGCAGAACGUUCGGUAUCUUGAAAAUGCCGCAACUCAACAGCUAGCAGUGCAAGGUGAUGACAGUACGCAGCUGUCUGUUCACGGACGGGCAGCUCUCUUGGCUCGCGUAAGCUCUGGGUUUGUCUCCGACUCGCAUCGUCAGAUUUUCUGCUUUCUCGAGUUAGUACAGCGGCAAAUUCAAACACGAACACUAGCACCAAGUAAGGAAAAUCAACGGAAGGGAGCACUUAUAUGGAUACUAACUAGCCAUGUCCGGAGAUCGAGAUUCAAACAUUCAGCGUCACUUGAUGCCAGUGAUGAGGACCGCCAGAGACUCGGUAUUUUUCCACGUCGUAACUCAGUGAAUUGUCCUGGUGAUUCUGGUGCCUCUGUGGCUGAGCGUCUACGACGACGCGUCAAGUUGUGCGCCGUACCUCUUUCCAACGCAAUGUAA